CGUAACAGCGAGUUCCACAUUUUUCAACAAUGCCACGAUCGUGAUCCUGUCUUCAAGUGGCCGCCUCACCAAUUUCCCAGCACCAGCAUUUGAAAACUUGGACCCUACAAAAACAAUCAAAGCCGUGCCCUAUCUCGCUUUCUUGGACUUCAUACACCGACUUCCUUAACCAUAUAAAUAAGACAUUGCUUCACGUUACACAUGUAGUCCUAAAAGAAAUGGAUUUAGAAUCUCUUGCAAGAGCCAGGACCCAUCAUCCAUGUGCUGCUUGUAGGAUGCUACGCCGGAGAUGUGACAGUAGUUGCAUUCUCGCUCCGUAUUUCCCCUGCCACGAGAUCGACAAGUUUGCCAAGUUACACAAGGUUUUCGGUGCUAGCAAUGCAAUCAAAAUGAUUCAGGUUGGUAAUAAUAAGCUUAAUCUGCAGUUGUGAUAUUUUGCGACAUUGAUAUUUUUUUAUGUAAAUCUAAGGUACUAAUUGAUUCUAUGAGUUUCUGAUACCAGAUGGUAGAGAAAAGAAAUAGGGAGGAUGCUGUGAAAGCGCUGGUCUAUGAAGCAACAUGGAGGAUCAAAGACCCGGUUUAUGGCAGCACAGGAGUUGUUUGCCAAUUGCAAAAGAUGGUGCAAGAACUUGAGAUGCAGCUUGAAUCAACAAAAGCUCGGGUAUUGGAGUUGCAGCAGCAAAAAGAUCAGUUCUGGAACUUUCUUUCGAAUCUUGAUCUUAUAUCUCCCAUUAACGGAGGCAAUUUCGCAUUAGAUUACCAUGACUCUAUAUCAUAUGAUCCAGCCAAGUUCCCUGCAGAAUGUGACGAUUGGAUCAUUUAAGUCAUAGAAAA